CAUAACAUGUCCGCGCUAUGUGGACACGCACGUGUAUACUGUAUGUGCUGUGCAUCAGCUGUAUAGUCGCGGAGGAUGAUUUGCAAAUUGGCGUGGUGUGCACGGAACCGGAGCGUGCGGCUCGGCUGGCGGCGGCGGUUGACGCGGCGCUCGGCUGCGAGGAGCCCUGCGCCGUGCUGCUGCAGGCUGAGCCGCUAGAGCCGCUCGCUCUGCCACAAACUGUCUGCGAUCAGGGGGGAGGACUAAGUGCGCUUGUGGGUGAUGUGGCAGCACUUCCUGCCGCGGUGCGCGCAGGACUGCCUCUGCUGCUGCCGGCCUCCGCGCCCUCUACCGACGCCGUCUUUGCCUUACAAUUGCUGCCGGAUCCUGACCUUAUUGCUCAGGCGUGCGCAGAGGUUUGCGUGGCCAAGGGCUGGAGCAGCGCUGUGCUGUUACACGAGGGAGGCGCGGGGGGCGCAGCUCGGCUGGCUAGUGCCGGCGUAGACAUCAUACCCCAUCAGCUACCGCCGCCGGAAGACGACGCUUUGCUCAGGAAUUUAUUGCUGGUAUUAAAGAAGUUCGGCGCGACCAACUUUAUAAUUUGGUGUGAGGCGGAGUGUGCAGUGCGCGUGCUGGACGCGGCGCAGCGCGCGGGACUGCUGGGAGCGCGCCACUCCUACCUGCUGCUCGCGUUAGACUUCCACACUCAGGACCUCGCCGGCUACAGUCACAGCGGUGCCAACAUCACCAGUAUACACUUAUUUGAUCCGGAGUGUGAGCGUGUGACGGAGCUAAUGUCGCAGUGGCAGCGAGCAUAUGCUCGGCGGCUGCAGGAGGCCGCCGGAGCGGAGCCGAGCGCGGCCGCCAGCGAGCUGGUGUUGGCGCACGACGCCGCGCGGGCCGCCGCCGCCGCGCUGCAGUACUUGCAGCUGCCGGCCAUCGCGGCCGCCUCCUGCACCGGCUGCGCUGCAUUCCACGCUGAUACCCUGCUUAAUUAUAUACGAUCGGAGGAGUGGGGCGGUGUGGGGGGCACGCUGCGGUGGGGUGUGGGCGGGGCGCGUCGUGCGGCGGCGCUCUGGGCUCCCCGCGCCGGCCUCGCCUGGCACCGCCGCACUCAGCCCGCACCCGACCUGCCCUCCGACAUCAUGACCAACCGCACAUUCAACAUACUCAUCGCACUGAACGAUCCGUACGUAAUGAUCCAGCAGUCGACGGACCGGCUCUCCGGUAACAACCGGUACGAAGGCUACUGCAUCGAGCUGAUAGAGAAGUUGGCCAAGCUGCUGAACUUCAACUACACGUUCAUAGAGCAGGAGAACGGUGUGUACGGCAGCUACACGCCAGGUCGCGGCUGGAACGGCAUGAUGCGUCGCCUCAUGGAUGAUCCUGACAUUCACUUCGCGAUCACGGACCUGACGAUCACGGCGGACCGGGAGCGCGCCGUGGACUUCACCACGCCCUUCAUGAACCUCGGCAUCAGCAUCUUGUUCCGCAAACCUAAGCCGCCAGGACCAGCAUUCUUUGCCUUCCUCCUGCCCUUCUCAAGCGGGGUAUGGGUAUGCUUAGGUUUCGCGUACCUGGGCACCUCUCUCGUGCUGUACGUGGUGGGGAGGCUGUGUCCAGAGGAGUGGCAGAACCCCUACCCGUGCAUCGAGGACCCCCCAGCCCUCGAGAACCAGUUCACGCUCGCCAACGCGCUCUGGUUCAACCUUGGCGCUGUUCUGCUCCAGGGUUCAGAAAUUGCACCCGUUGCGUACGGUACGCGUGCGGUUGCGAGCGCGUGGUGGCUGUUCGCGCUGGUGAUCACCAGCUCGUACACAGCCAACCUGGCCACACUGCUCGCCAAGAAGACCCCCACUGACCUCAUACACAACGUGCAGGAGCUCGCAAAUAAUCCUUACGGAAUCAAGUUCGGUGCUAAAGCGGGGGGAUCCACUUACACAUUCUUUGAGAUUUCUCAAAACGCGCUCUACCAGCAAAUGUACCAAAAAAUGAAGGAUGAAAAGCAGCCGGAGUCCAACGUCGCAGGAAUAGAAAAAGUGAGGAAUGAAAAUUACGCCUUCUUCAUGGAGUCGACGUCCAUAGAGUACAACAUAGAGCGACAGUGCGACAUCACUAUGGUUGGUGAACCUCUCGAUAGCAAGGGUUAUGGAAUCGCUAUGAAGAAAAACUCCGAGUAUCGUCAGGCGAUGAACCUGGCGCUACUGAACCUGCAGGAGGCGGGCGAGCUGCGCGAGAUGAAACAGCGCUGGUGGCAGGAGAUGCACGGCGGCGGCGCUUGCAAGGAAGAAGAGGAGCAUGGUGGUGAAGAACUGGACAUGAAUAGUUUCCUCGGUCUUUUCGUGGUGCUGGUGGUGGGCUGUGCACUGGGCGUGGUGGUCUCCUUCUGUGACCUAGCGUGGGCGGCGGCCAGACAUCCUAGAGACCCAUCGGAAUCCUACAGACGUCGCCUUUGGACUGAAAUCCGCUUCGUGUUCAGUCUGGAACGUUCCGAGAAGCCGCUGUACGGGCCACUGUUGCCACCCACUCCGGAGUCUCCUGCCCGGUCUGGGUCUGGUGGUCUCGCUGAGUUGGUCGACUCUGCUUCCCGUGACGGAUCCCGGGAAGGGUCGGCGGUAUCCGAGGGGUCGCUGGCUGAGGAGAUCGGGUCUCGUGGACAAUCUCCAAGGCUGCGACCCCGCACCAGUGCUAGACGGUCUUCAAUGCAUGCGGCUAGUUUGCGCCUGGCUAGACACACCACACCCAGACCUUAGAUAUUAGCAGAUAUUUUAUUGCUACAACACUUAAUAAAAUAAAAAAAAUAAUGUAGUCGGUGCAGCGAUUCAUUUAUGACGUAAAUAUAAGUGAAAAAAAAAGCAAAAUUUUUCACUAAGUAUUAAACAUACUAACUUCUAGUA